ACCACUUUGGAAAUAACAUUUUUAUUGACGUUCCCCUUUAUGUCUCUAUUUACAGAAUCCGAAGCCAGCUGGGAGGAAUGGUGGACCUACGACGGAAUUUCCGGACCUUCCUUUUGGGGCCUGAUAAAUCCGCAGUGGUCGCUCUGCACCAAAGGAAGACGGCAGAGUCCCAUCAACAUCGAGCCGGACAAGUUGCUUUUCGAUCGUCACUUGAGACCGGUGCACGUCGACAAACACAGGGUUUCCGGACACUUGCAUAAUACCGGGCAAUUCCUGGUAUUUAGAGCGGACAGAGAGGCGAAGAUACGGGUCAAUAUAACGGGUGGCCCACUCGCUUAUCAUUACCAAUUUGAAGAAAUAUAUAUUCACUACGGAAUGGACGACAGUCAUGGUUCCGAACAUCGUAUUAAUAACUAUGCUUUUCCUGCUGAAAUACAAGUCUACGGUUUUAACGCCGAACUGUAUCACAACAUGAGCGAGGCGCAGCAUAAGAGUCAGGGCCUGGUGGCGAUCUCGUUAAUGGUGCAGCUCGGCGAGACGUUAAAUCCCGAGCUGCAGAUCAUCACCAGCGUGUUCAGCAAGGUCCUACAUCGGGGGGACACCGCACCCGUGCGCUACCUGUCCCUGAAGAGUCUUCUACCGGACACAAACGGUUACAUGACUUACGAGGGCAGUACAACGCACCCCGGUUGUUGGGAAACGGCGGUCUGGCUGAUCCUCAACAAACCAAUUUACAUCACGGCGCGAGAGCUCUACGCCCUGAGGAAAUUAAUGCAAGGCCCAUCUACUACGCCGAAAGCGCCUCUCGGUAACAAUUCCAGACCGCUGCAGGGUCUUCAUUUUAGAACCGUGCGAACAAACAUCGAUUUUGCCAAGCGGGGAAACGCCAAGUGUCCAUCGAUGGCGCAGGACAUGCAUUAUAGAGAUGACUUUUUCCUUCCAGCCAACACGUGGCGGGACGACGGUUCCCUAUCGCACAACGUAGUCUGAGGCCAUCCCGCGGCAGGACCACAGGACGGGACUUUUCUCUAAAGGAGUGGAACGAAACGAAUUUAUACGAUACUAGGAAGGGGAGGCUGAAGGAGGCAAUUUCUAACGGGGGGAGGAGAAAAAAAUGGUGUCGUGGCUGUGUGAAAUGAAACGGAAUGUAAAGUUUGAAUUUGGUUAUAAAUCGACGAGACCGUAAUAAAUAACUCUUGAAAUGGA